ACUGAAACAUUUAACGUUACUGACGACGAAGCGGUCGGAAGGCGUAUGUAACCUCAAGAAAAAAUUACCGAUUCGGCAAAGGCUUGACUAUGGGCUGUGUCAAGAGUAAAGAGGACAAGGGUCCUACACAGAAGUACCGACCAGAUCCCACCAAUCCCACCCCUGGGUCACACAUGGGUCUCUACGGACCAGACCCCACUCAGAUGGGUCAGUCACCUGCCCUGAAGGGCCCCACCAACAACUACAACAGCCGCACAACUGGGCUCACCCCGUUUGGUGGCUCCUCCUCUGUCAUCACACCCUUCGGUGGAGCCGCCUCCUCUUCCUUCUCCACUGUUGCUGUUAGCAACCCCUUCCCCGGUGGCGUCACAGGCGGUGUAACUUUCUUUGUGGCCUUAUAUGAUUAUGAAGCCAGGACAUCAGAUGACCUCUCCUUCAAGAAAGGCGAUAGAUUUCAGAUCAUCAACAACACAGAGGGAGACUGGUGGGAGGCUCGUUCCAUCAACACGGGGCAGAAGGGCUACAUUCCCAGCAAUUACGUGGCCCCUGCAGACUCCAUCCAAGCGGAAGAAUGGUACUUUGGCAAAAUGGGUCGUAAAGAUGCUGAGCGACUGCUACUGGUUCCCGGAAACCAGCGGGGCACUUUUUUGGUCCGAGAAAGUGAGACCACUAAAGGGGCUUACUCUCUCUCAAUACGGGACUGGGAUGAGAUGAAGGGAGACAACGUGAAACACUACAAAAUCCGAAAGCUUGACAGCGGAGGCUAUUACAUCACCACAAGAGCUCAGUUUGACACUCUACAGAAACUGGUGAAGCAUUACACAGAGCAUGCAGAUGGGCUAUGCUACCGACUGACCACAGUGUGUCCGACGGUGAAGCCCCAGACUCAGGGUCUGGCUAAAGAUGCAUGGGAAAUCCCACGAGAGUCACUGCGUCUAGAGCUCAAGUUGGGUCAGGGCUGCUUCGGAGAGGUCUGGAUGGGUACAUGGAAUGGCACGACUAAAGUAGCUAUAAAUACACUGAUGCCGGGCACAAUGUCUCCUGAAGCCUUCCUGCAGGAGGCCCAGAUCAUGAAGAAACUUCGGCAUGACAAGCUGGUGCCCCUGUAUGCUGUUGUGUCCGAGGAGCCAAUUUAUAUUGUCACUGAGUACAUGGGCAAAGGGAGUUUGCUGGAUUUCUUGAAGGAGGGUGAGGGCAAGUACCUCAAGCUGCCCCAGCUGGUAGACAUGGCUGCCCAGAUUGCAGAUGGCAUGGCCUUCAUCGAGAGGAUGAACUACAUCCACAGAGACCUGAGGGCUGCUAACAUCCUGGUGGGAGACAAUCUGGUCUGCAAGAUCGCCGACUUUGGCCUGGCUAGACUGAUUGAAGAUAACGAAUACACUGCUAGACAAGGAGCCAAGUUUCCCAUUAAGUGGACUGCACCAGAAGCAGCGCUGUACGGCCGAUUCACCAUCAAAUCUGACGUCUGGUCCUUUGGUAUCCUGCUGACGGAGCUUGUGACCAAGGGUAGAGUGCCAUAUCCAGGCAUGGUGAACCGAGAGGUGUUGGAGCAGGUGGAGCGGGGCUACAGGAUGCCGUGUCCUCAGGGCUGCCCGGAGUCGCUGCACGAUAUGAUGCGGCUCUGCUGGAAGAAGGAGCCAGACGAGCGGCCCACUUUCGAAUACAUUCAGUCCUUCCUGGAGGACUACUUCACCGCCACUGAGCCACAGUACCAGCCUGGAGACAACCUGUAGAGACCUUCUACGGGACCCAGAGACGUGCUAAUAAGCCACCAGGACGGUUCCCAAACCCAUUGUGGCACCUCCUCCCUACAGCUCCCCUGCACACUUGUCCUUAUAGAGAUGUUUUUGUUUCUUUCUUUUCCCCCAAGAGUCAAACUUAAAAACUCGAUUAGUGCAUCUAAAACAUGUCUUUCACUGCAGAUACAGGCUGUUCUCUGCCUGAGGAUGUGUGUGUGGCGGAAUUGACGAGGGUGUGUGUGUAUGAGCGGGAACACGUCACGCUCCCAGAGCUCUGCUGGGGUGAUUCCCUGCAUUGCAGACAGAGGGAGCUGUGAAACAAGCGAUGAGCUUAGUGCUGAUGGCUGAUUCACAAAAUCAGCUUUUUCUUUCAUUUUUCUUUAUCUAUUUUGUUUUUCCCUCCCUUUUUUUGUCUGUUUUCUU